UGGGCCGUACCAACUGUUCUCCUCCUGUAGGGGGGCUCGUCACCACAGCCUGGGCCGUACCAACGUUUCCUAACCGCGAUUACUAUAAAUAUACUGUUGCUUGUACCCAAUUAUUAUAAUCUAGUGGGAAAUGUAUGUUUUACCUAUAAAAAUAAAAAAAAACACCUGCGGAACCUGACGGUCGGUCUACCGUUUCUUGCGGAAGGAUACUGGAGUCGCACAACUAAGGGCAGAGACGAGGGCGGAAGUUGCCUCGGUAGCUCAAAGAGAUGGCCGCCCGGAGUGCUGUGAGGGCGCUGUGGCGGAGGUCGUGCUCUGGUGUCGCGGCCCCGCCGGUGGCAGAGAAGAAGCCGGGCCGCUUGGAGCGGAUCAGGAACUGGAGGAUAGUUUUCUGGACAAAAAGCCUCCUUCGUGACUAUGGCGAGGCGUGCAAGGACAUCGUAGUGGGUGCCAAGGAGCGCCCGGGCAAAGCCGCCACGUACCUUUCCCUGCUGGCUGGUGUAGGGGUGUGCUCGUCCACAGCCCCAUCCGAGGACUCCUUCCAGUGCUGUCUGCUGGAAGCUUCAGCGUCUCUCCUCCUGCUCUCCCCCUGGACGCGGAGUGGAAAGUCCGACCAGCACGUGCAGCGGCUGAUCGAGCUGAGGAAUGGGGGGCGUCUGCGCUAUGUCAACCUCCUGCUCUUUUCGCUGGUGUAUGAGGCGCCCUAUGACCCGGAAUGCGAUCUCUACGCGAGCCAGUGCUCACACCUGCAGUCACGCUGGUCUGACUUUCCACACCGGGUCCUGGACAUUGGAUUCUUUGGACACUGGUGGCUUUUACAGAACAAGAUGAAAGACUUUGAUGUGAACGAGGAGGAGUUUGCCCAACUUCCCGCAAACAUGAGAACCAUUUCCUUUAGUGAUCUCCACUCGCAGGAGAAUGAAAAACUCUACGAGGUCAAAUUUCACCCAGUUGUGAUGCCUGAAGACCUUGAGUAGAAGAAUGGAGAAUUAGCGGGCAAGAGACUGAGGAGGAAACUUAUCAAAGCCUGGAGGAGAGUAAUAGCGUACCAACCAACACACUUUGUAAAAUGGCAGAAGCUGAUUGAGCGGAACUGUCUCUCUCUACACCCACAUUUUUUCUUAUGGGUGCUUUAGCUAUGUAUUUAUAUGUAAAAUUGAGCAUGUUUAUAAAUGCACGUUUCACUUAAUAUAAACGGCGUGAACAAAUCGUUUCUUUAUAAUUCGAUUACAGCAUAUGUACUCCUGAUUAUUUAUGGGUAUCAUUCAAAUCAAAGAGUAUUUUAAUUAUUUUCCAUUAAUCACUACAGUGGUACCAUGGACUAAUGCUCCUUUACAAACUUCAGGGGCAGAUUGUAUUGGCUUGUGCGUUAUCACCUUCUACUUAUCACUUCUCCAAGCUUAAUACAUGUGCCCCUCAGCAUUAAAGAAUACAUUAUGCCACAAAAA